GGGCCGGCCCCGGUGAGCGCCGCCAUGGCCCCGCGGGCGCUGCCGCUGCUGCGGCCGGGACAGCGGCCGCGCUCGGGACAGUGGUACCGGCUGAGCCCGCGCGGGGAGCGGCCCGGCGGCCGCGUGGGAUUCGGCUGCCUCCUCCUGCCCGGCCGCGUCCUGCUGCUGGCUGGUGCCGACCCCGCCGGGGCCUUCGCGGACGCGCAUUUCGUGGAGCUGGCCCCGCUCCGCUGGGUCCCCGCCGGCUGGCGCGGACUGAGGCCCCGCUACGAACACGCCACGUUCCUGCCCGCCGCCGGUCCCCCGCGCCUCUGGGUCUUCGGCGGCGCCCACCCCGCGGGGAACCGCAGCUGCGUUCAGGUGCUGGACCCCGAAACAGGAACGUGGGAGAGCCCUGCAGUGAGGGGGGUGCCGCCGCGGCCCCGGACGUUCCACACGUCCUCGGCGGCCAUCGGGGCCCGUCUGUUCGUGUUCGGGGGUGGAGACAAGGGAGCAGAACCGGUGAAAGACCAGCGGCUUCACGUGUUCGACACAGCCACCCUGACCUGGUCCCAGCCGGACACUCAUGGUGAUCCCCCUUCUCCUCGGCACGGACACACCGUGGUUGCAGUUGGGACCAAGCUCUUCAUCCAUGGAGGUUUAGCUGGAGAUGUUUUUUACAAUGAUCUGUUCUGUAUCGACAUAAAUGACAUGAGAUGGGUGAAGAUCCUGGCCACUGGGGAUGUCCCUGGAGGACGGGCAUCGCACUCCUCAGCAGUGUUUCAGGACCACUUGUACAUUUUUGGCGGAAUAGGUCCAGAUGGGACACUGGAUACUGCGUACAAGUAUCACACAGGAAGGCAGCAGUGGACGCUGCUGCAGUUUGAACCCCCACUGCCCAGCGGGAGGCUGGACCACGCCAUGUGUGUCAUUCCCUGGCGGGCUGGGGCACACAGGGACACAGGAGACCCCCCAGCUGGGCAAGAGCCACCUCUGGCAGCAGGUGACAGAGCUGGGACCCUCCAGCAGGGCCUGGGUGAGGACUGCACCGAAGACACCUUUGUCCAUCUCCUGUUUGUGUUUGGGGGGAUGGACACACAGGGGCAGAUACACAGGGACUGCCUGGUCACCCUCAUCGAGUAGUGUCCCCACAGCACCAGCCUCAUCCCAUGGGGUUAAUUCUGUCCCUUAAACAAUCCUUACCCUUGGAUGGCUGGCACGGUGCUGACACCCCUGGGGGACAGGGGCUCUGCUUGAACACGGUCCUGCUGCAGCCCCAGCCCAGGGAACAUGGCAAGAGCCGAGGUGUUCUAAGGCACUGCUGGAGCUGGCACCACACAAGGUCAGUCUGGAUUUAACUAAUCCCAUGGAUUGGAUAAGGAUCAGUUAAAUAAAGAGACCAAAUUUCAA